CCUCGCAGCAAGUGUUCAACAUCACUAGUUCUACUUGCAAACCUUCAUCGCGGAUGAGCUAUUCCUGUUCAUGACACAUUCUUUACCGGCCAAACGUUGAAGUAAGGAGUCGUGUCCACCUUGCGGUUUUCACGCAGGAUUCCAAGCCUUUGUUCCUCUUAAUUGGAACAAGUCGUAUCGCUGACAUUUGUAAUAAUUCAAUUUUGCAUCGUACUCUGUGACUUAGGCGGAUUAUCAGCAAAAUGCGUAUAACAUUUGGAAGAGAAAGCGUUUCCGAACGAUCGAUUUCUGGCUAAUGGCGUGUAGAAAAGAAAAAAAAACACUGGAAGAAACGGAAGAGAUUCUUGGACAAAUACCCAGCAGUGGUGAUAUAUUUCGGUGUAUCGGGUGGUAGAUUAUCGAACAGCUGGAAGCCUCUCCGAACAACAAACGCAUUCGGAAAGGGCAAAGUCGUAUAUAUAAAGAGGCAAAGUUGCCUACAAAAUGGAACACUUGAUUGUUAACCAUUGAGACAACAUCAAGGAAUCUAGAAAAUGUUUCCUUCUUUGCUUUUUUUGUCUAGUUGUCUUGUUCUUGCCUUUUUGUCCGGCAAGAGCAGAAGCGACAAUUCGAUCGCAUUCGGUGCGAAAUAUUACCAACCCAAUCCGUUAGCAUACCUACAUCCGGAAGUACCUAAUUCUCCCUGGUAUUCGCAGAUGCGAUAUCUUUCGAGUGAUUUCCAGUCGACAAGGAAUCACAAACAAGUCAAGCCAUAUACGGCAGCUCUCGUGAUCAACUACCCAAUGUAUUAUCCGCCCCGACCUACCAAUUGGCUUCCACCGAUUCAAUCGCAACCGUAUGACCAAACAUACUACAGAGAACAGCAAUUAAAGGACCAAUUGUUGUACGACGAACAAGUCGCCGAAGGACUAGUUUUACUCAGCGGACCUCCAGUCCACCCAACAGAAGCUGCUGAUUAUGGCUCAUAUCAUCUACAGCCUACGUAUUUCCAAACAUCCGAGUCUGACACAGAGGCCCAGCAGCAAGCUCAUGGACGCUUUAGAGGUGGAUUCGCUCAAAAUGGGGGACUAUCAACGCGUAUAAGAGGACCUCCUGGACUAUUUGAUGAAGAAGAUGAAGAAGCACCUGAAUUUCGGCGAAACAAAGGACAAGAUCCAAAGAUCUUCGGUUGGAAAUUGAAUUUUCUACAAAACUUGCUCAAAGGACCGCCCGGACCAACGGGUCCUACUGGACCAACGGGACCGACAGGACUAGUUGGGCCAGUAGGGCCAGACGGACCAGUAGGACCAGUAGGUCCAGACGGACCAGUAGGUCCAGACGGACCAGUAGGACCAGACGGACCAGUAGGGCCAGACGGACCUGCAGGACCAGUAGGGCCAGACGGACCAGCAGGGCCAGUUGGGCCAGUUGGGCCAGACGGACCAACAGGAUAAAAAUUUAUUCAAACAGCACCGUUUAUGUUUAACUAUAUGUAACCAAAAACAAGCAUCCUUCUUUCUUGGUAUAGGUGUUAGGUGUCAGCUUUUUAACAAUUUUUUCAUUAUUUGGGCAAUAGAUGUAACAAUACUAACGCUAUAAUGGGAUUACGGCUUUGGCGUAGUUAAGUUGACUCAUUGUUUAUGUUAUAUUCAUGCAUAUCAAAUCCGGAUUUGCCACGUCUACUUCAUAGUUGUCGAACUAAACCUGUAUGGAAUAAAUGGCAGCAAAUCUAAUAUUAUA